GCCGCCAUCAUCAUCAUCAUCACCGCCUCCGCCACCGUCGUCAUUACUCGGCCACGAGGAGAGUGACUCCGGACCCCCUUCGCCACCUGCGCACGGGGAAGGGGAGGAAGAGGAGGAGGAAGAAGAAGAAGAAGGAGGAGGAGGAGAAGAAGAGGAAGAGGAGGAGGAGGAGGACGCCUGCGAACUCCCUUUGCCAUCACAGCCCAAGGACCACACGGCGGCAGCAGAUUUAGUGACCAGUAUACCAGAGACACCAGAAGCAAAACGGUCAGGUAUUUUAUCAUAUUUCCGGAGAUGUGAGAAAGGAGUCCAUUUUAUAGACUCGGAAUCUGACAAUGAGGAAUUGAACCAUAAAAGUUUGUCUAGGACUGAAGUGACUAUGCGGCCAAAAAGAUGGAUUCAAAAAAUAAAUGGUGCUGCUGACUUUGAAUCGGAGGAGGAGGAGGAAGAGAUGCAACUUACUCCUAAAACAAAUGGAUCUUCUCUAAACUAUAGUAGCUCAUCCCAUUUAAAUGUCAAUUUAGGUGACUCUGCUCUUACAAAACUACGAAAACUGACUGAGCUUUUCCCACAUAGAACCAGUGCUGAACUAAUGCAGGUAAUUGAAUCAACAAGCACACUGGAUGGAGCUGUAGCUUCAGGAUUAAUCUUGUUUGGAGAAGAAGCCACUCCUCGGAAAAGAAAACUGGAAAUGUCUGGUAGGAGCAGCUCUGAAGAAAGUGAUGGCCCCCAUAUUUCAUCAACCAAGAAAAGGAAACCUAAUCGUCUUGAGUCGCAGGAUGACGAUACACUGGCAGAUGAGAAAAAAGAAUCCAUUCUAAAAAAACUUCACAAUAACUUUCCAGAUUUAGAUAAAGAGGAACUCCGGGAGGUUCUAAAUGAACACGAUUGGUCCUAUUGGGAAGCCCUGGAAGCCUUGCAAGUGUUUGCCAAUCAAGAAGAUGAAGUGCCUUCUGAAUCAGAAGCUAAAAACAUAAAUGGAAACGAGAUCACCUCAAACUUUAAAAAGCAGCCAAAAGAGAUGCCACUUAUGCAAUUGAAACAAACUCCUGCAGCAGAAGAGCAGAAUGGUAAAAUAAAAAAACACGACAAAAGUAGAAAAGGUGGCAGAAUCAUUCAAAGAGAAACCAGCGAUUCCGAAGAUUCAGAACCCCUUUCUUCUGAUGGUGACAGUUCACUUGACGAGGACUACAGCAGUGCAGAUGAAGAGGUGGAAGGUGUAUGCAGGACUAAAAUUGUCAGCUUCCUGCAGGAUGCUACACUGGAUGAACUUACACUGAUACCUCAAUGUUCUUUGCGAAAGGCUCAGAAGAUCACGGAGCUCCGGCCCUUUAACAAUUGGGAGACAUUGUUUCAAAUGUUCCAGCGGGCAAAUGGUUUGUCUGAAGACCUGAUAUGGCAUUGCAAGACCAUCAUCAACGAGCGGGAAGUAGUUCAUAAGCUUAUGUGCAGAUGUGCAGACAUCUCCCAAAGAUUGGAAAAGCAAGUGACUCAAAUUAUAGAUGAUGGUGAAAGCAACAGUACCAUCGAACAACCAGACAUUCUCAACAAAAGUUUGGAGCUUAAGGCAUAUCAAUUAGUUGGAUUAAAUUGGUUGGCUUUGCUGCAUAAACAUCACGUGAAUGGCAUAUUAGCAGACGAGAUGGGCUUGGGAAAGACUGUACAAGCCAUAGCAUUCCUGGCCUUUCUUUACCAGAAAGGAGACAAAGGACCACAUCUCAUCACAGUACCUGCCUCUACUCUAGACAACUGGAUCCGAGAAUUUAAGCAUUGGUGCCCUGAACUCAAAAUCCUUUUGUAUUAUGGUUCAUUGGAAGAUAGGAAGCUUCUCAGAUCUGACAUACUUCACAAGAUUGUGGACUUCAAUGUCAUAGUAACCACGUAUUCCUGUUCAAUUAGUAAUGCAGAUGAUCGCAGUCUCUUUCGACGUGUAAAGCUCCAUUAUGCAGUUUUUGAUGAAGGUCACAUGCUGAAGAACAUGAGUACCAUCCGUUAUCAGCAUCUAAUGACAUUUAAUGCUCAACAUCGCUUACUGCUGACUGGAACUCCACUGCAGAACAAUCUCCUGGAACUGAUGUCUCUGUUAAAUUUUGUCAUGCCAAACAUGUUCAGCAGUAGUACCAGUGAGAUCCGAAGGAUGUUUUCUUCUAAAGCGAAAACCUCAGAUGAACAAAGUACCUUUGAAAAAGGGAGGAUUGCUCAUGCCAAAAAGAUCAUGAAGCCAUUUAUCUUAAGGAGACUAAAAAGUGAGGUUUUGCAGCAGCUACCACCCAAGCAGGAUCGUCUAGAGAUAUGUUCAAUGUCAGAAAAACAGGGGCAAGCAUACACUGCCCUUUUCAAGAAGUUAAAGAGGUCGAUCAACAGAAAUGAAAAAAGCGAUCUAUGCAAUGUAAUGAUGCAACUAAGAAAGAUGGCAAACCACCCACUGCUACACAGGCAGUACUACACAGCUGACAAACUCCGGAAAAUGUCCAAGUUAAUGAAGAAGGAGCCUACCCACAGGGAUGCCAAUCCUGACCUCAUUUUUGAAGACAUGGAGGUGAUGACAGAUUUUGAAUUACAUCUUCUCUGCCAGGAGUUUGGCAGCAUCCGUAACUUUCAGUUAGAUAAAAACUUGCUGUUAGAUUCGGGAAAGUUUCAAAUAUUAGAGCAGAUGCUUGAAGAUCUUAAAACACAGGGUAGCAGAGUGGUCCUCUUUAGCCAAUUCACUAUGAUGUUGGACAUCCUUGAAGUUUUUCUGAAACAUCAUAAAUACAGAUAUCUUCGAAUGGAUGGCAAAACUCAAAUCUCUGAGAGAAUCCACGUGAUCGAUAAUUUUAAUACAGAUAUGGAUAUUUUUGUUUUCCUGUUGUCAACCAAAGCUGGAGGCCUGGGUAUAAACUUAACCUCGGCCAAUGUAGUCAUCCUGCAUGAUAUCGACUGUAAUCCCUACAAUGACAAACAAGCAGAAGACCGAUGUCACAGAGUAGGACAAACAAAGACUGUGCACAUUAUAAAACUGGUCAGCAAAGGAACUAUUGAGGAAUCCAUGCUUAAAAAUGGUCAGCAGAAAUUGAAGUUAGAACACGAUAUGACUUCAUCAGAAACGGUUUGUUGUAUAUUCUUUCUGUUUUCAAGGAGAGGAGGGCAGUAUUCCACUGAACAUGGCCACUUUGUUGAAGGCUUCAUUAGGAUUAUAAAGAUGUGUCUUUUCCUGAGCACCAUUGGGGAAAAUCUAUAUUGGAUUCUGUGGGACACAACAGAGAAGAGGAACCUCUGACCUAUCUUUGAAAGUGAUGAAGCUUAUUGAGUGGAUGAGAACCAUGAAUAAUUGUUGUAAUGCCAUCCCGUUUGUCAGCUUUCAUAUGUGAAGAUGGGAUUUGGAAUUUUUUCUGCAGCAGCAAAUUGGUCUAUAACACUGAUAGUGUGCAAACAUUCAAUUCCUCGGGCAAAUUUAGAGGUUUGUUUAGGAAUCUGAAGUUCCAGGUACCAUCUGCAGGCCGAUUAUAUUAAUGCUGCAGUUCCCUCUAGUGGAAAACAGCGGGUACUAAAGCAUUCCAACUUAUUUUAAUUUUGUCAUUUUCACAAUCUAACUCUAAUAUGUUAUUUUCUAUCAAACCAUGCUUUUAAAAGAAGAGUCUUGUUUACGACUUGUGGAAUUUCCUGUGCUCAUUAUAUUCUCAUUAGGCUACUCACCAAGUCGGAAUUUGUCCUAAGGCAUUUUCCCAAUUCUUUAUGGAAUUCUAAACCUGCUGAAAGUGCUGUGAACUAACCCACUGUAAGCUAUAAUAUGAACAAGUUGAGAUGGAGAUUCCACAUUUUGUGACUUUCUACCUUAGACAUAAUAAAAAGUGAAUGAACACCAGCUGACCUCAAGAUAAUUCAUGCUCUUUGAUUUCGGCUUUUUGUGUAUAGAACAAUGUGUAACGCAUAUUGGGGGGCAAACUGGUGUCACAAUUGUUCUUUGUUUUACUCAAUGUACUGUUUUUGACUUAACUGUCAAUAUAUUGUAUUUGUAUGGAAAGGAGGAAUUAAGUGCAAAUAAAAAUUCUGCAGUUUU